AGAGAUAAGAGAAAGAAAAAAAAUGGCAUAAUGAUGCUUAUUCCCUCUUCUAUGUGAGCAGGCAGAGAGGCUAAGAACGAGAGAGAUUCUUUCUUCGCCGGACCUUUGUCUUCUCAUAAGCUCAUCGAAAUCUCUCCGUCGACGUCGGUGAGUUUGUACAAAUCUCUAAUUUAUUCUGUAGAGAUCGCUCUUGAAUUGAGCCCCCAAUUCCAUCGUCUUCCUUAGGGUUUCGAUCCUAAUCCAGCUUAGAUGCUUCGUUUAGAUGAUCCUCAAUUCAAUUGUUUUGAAUUGAGGAUUUGAACUUAGCUCUAGUUUGUGAAAGUAUUGUUACUUCGUCUGGGGAAAUCUCUAAUGGGCAAUUUGAAGAUUCCUUCGUUGUGUUCUCCAUUUCAACAGCGUUUUUGUUAGUAUCAUUUUCGUAGAUGUUAAAAAGUUUUUGAUUUUUUGGUUUGAUGUUAUUGCCAUUUUGGGAUUAGUUCACCACAAAACCUUAUUUGCAGUUGGUGCAUCUGCAGACCUCAUGAUGCAAAGUUUACAAUAUGUAGAUUUGCUCUAGGACUUUAAUCGUUAGAAGUGAGAACUAAAACUUGAAAUGGCUUAGUUAGGAUUCUUACGGUUAAAAGAUAUGUUAAGUUUGUAACCACGUUUGUUAUGUGAACUGAGAUCAUAUGAGACCCUGACUAUAUAGACUCUAAGAGGAUCAGUUACCUUAAACCAAGGCUCAGUUGUGGUCGUUUUGCUUUUGAAUUUUGAUCUGCUUGUAUGGUGGAUUUGUAAUAUUCUAAGAUAUUUCUAAGAGCUGAGGUUGUAAUAUGGCGUUCCGAGUUUAUUCGAAUGUUUUGCAGUUUGCACAAGUUUGAGGGGGGAGGUCAUGGAUGUUUCUGCUAGGAAGUCGCAAAAGGCAGGCCGCGAGAAGUUGAGGAGGGAAAAACUGAAUGAGCAUUUUGUUGAACUCGGAAAUGUACUAGAUCCAGAGAGACCCAAGAAUGACAAAGCCACGAUCCUGACUGAUACUGUUCAGUUGUUGAAAGAGCUCACAUCUGAAGUCAACAAACUGAAAUCUGAGUACACAGCUUUGACAGAUGAGUCCCGCGAGUUGACGCAGGAGAAAAACGACCUGAGAGAAGAAAAGACAGCGCUGAAAUCAGACAUAGAGAAUCUUAAUCUCCAAUACCAGCAGAGAUUAAGGUCAAUGUCUCCAUGGGGAGCUGCAAUGGAUCACACAGUCAUGAUGGCUCCACCUCCGUCCUUUCCAUACCCAAUGCCUAUGGCUAUGCCUCCUGGGUCAAUACCAAUGCAUCCAUCAAUGCCAUCUUACACGUACUUUGGGAACCAGAACCCUAGCAUGAUCCCAGCUCCAUGUCCUACAUACAUGCCGUAUAUGCCUCCUAAUACAGUCGUUGAACAACAAUCAGUGCACAUUCCACAGAACCCGCCGGGUAGCCGUUCGCGGGAACCUAGAGCAAAGGUUUCAAGAGAGAGCAGAUCUGAGAAAGCAGAGGACUCUAACGAAGUUGCAACACAACUCGAGUUAAACACCCCUGGAUCUACUUCUGAUAAGGAUACAUUGCAAAGACCAGAGAAAACGAAGAGAUGUAAGAGGAACAACAAUAACAACAACUCCACAGAAGAAAGUUCUCAUUCUAGCAAAUGUUCAUCUUCCCCAAGCAUCCGAGACCACAGUUCUUCCAGUAGCGUAGCUGGUGGCCAUAAACCUAACGAUGCAAAAUGACCCAAAAUAAUUGAUGACGACCGCGCGAAACUACGGGCAUUUCGAUGAGUAUAUGAUGUGAGUACUAAAUGCAGUCGCUGUUUAAAACAGGCGUUUUUGAUGCACCGUGGGCGUUCAUUUUCAACGGACAGUCAUUUCUCAGCUAAUGUUCAUCCUUAAUAGGUCUGGCCUGGACAAAAGAACCGGAACCGAAGAUCGUCUGCUUUAGUUCUAAAACUCGGCUGAUUUGUAAUAUCCAAUGUCUGAACUCACUAAUUUUUGAAAUUAUACAAAUUUUAAACAAACUUAUAUUCCGAUUAUUUAAAAGUCCUAGAUUAUAUACAUUUUGUACAAGAGGAUUUA